AUGGAGUUUCUGAAUCCUGCGAGGACUCUUCCUUUCUAUAGGCGGGCGCUCGCGUUAUUUAGUGUUAACGUAUUCGUCUUUACAGGUAAUAUGUUUGCGGCGGCGCCGGCCACAACAUUUGGGAGUCUCGCCAAAGACUUUGGGGUUCCAUUUUCACAAUUAGCAGACUUGAUCACGUAUCCUGCCUUACUUCUUGGGCUUGCCAACCUGUUUUGGGUUCCUACCGCAUUGUGCAUUGGCAAGCGCUGGGCAAUCAUCUUUUCCAUGAUUAUUGCUCUCGCUGGAGCCAUCUGGGGCUGUGUUGCACCGACGUACGAUCAGCUUCUUGCUUCGCGAAUAGUGGCAAGUUUCGGUGCAGGGUCUGUGGAAUCCAUUGGACCGAGCAUUAUCGCGGAUCUCGUCUCGCCGCGAUAUUACGCCACAGCCAUGGCCUUUUAUGCCCUGUCCCUCUCUGGUGGGUCGCAGCUUGGUCCGCUCGUUGCAGGCUAUGUGUCCGCAGCAAGGGGAUGGAGAUGGUUUUUCAUCACUUGCGUUAUUGUCAUUGCUGUAGAUCUGGUUGUCGUCUUCUUCCUACUUCCAGAAACGCUUUACGAAGCAGAUCAUCCUUCAUCAAGGGCUGGAAUGACCUUAACUGAUGAGGAUCCUACCAAGGGCACCACAAUGAGAGUUGAAAAUGCCACUGGGCUCGAGUCCUCCGUAGGCCAGGUUACACACGACGCUCAGCCAUUCCAAUCAGGCCUUUUUCAGCUGUCAAUCUCUGAAAGGGCAAAGCAGACUGGGAUCUGGAGAUACUGGCUCCGCACGUUCUUCCAGCCCAUCUCACUGGCUGGCAGGCCGGCAAUCCUCUACAGCUCUAUCACUUACGGGAUCGUGCUCGGGAGCGUCAUUGCCGUAUCCACGCUGUCCCCGCAGCUUUUCUCGCCGCCUCCCUACCACUUCUCUGAAAUCUCCCUCGGUCUCCACUCCAGUGCAAGUUUUAUCGGCCUACUCCUGACCUUCCCAGUCGCUGGUCCUCUAACAGACAAGCUCGCCCACUUCCUCGACACCCGGAGCGGCGAGCACAAGCCGCGUCACCGACUUCCAGCACUUAUCGCCCCAUUCUUCAUCUGCCCAGCUGGAAUCAUAUGCUUCGGAUGCUCCGUCGCCAGGCACCAGCAUUAUGCUCUCCCAGCCCUCGGCUCCGCGAUGCUUUCGACAGGUUUGACGCUCGUGCCAUCUGUGACAAUGUCUUACGUGGCAGAGGUGUAUGCGGAGUUCAACAGCCAGGCGUUCGUCACCAUUAAUGCGAUGAAGAAUGUGAUUGGAUUCGGGUUCGCAAAAGGAAGUUAUCAGUGGAUGGAACGAAUGGGUGUCGAGAAUAUGUUCUUCACGAUGGCUGGAAUUGAGUGGGCGGCUUUGGGGCUGGGAUUGUUCCUCUACUUUCCUCGCGUUUUAUCUUGUCGUCGGACUUGA